UUUUGUGUUUAUUGGGGUGGCUUUGCUAGCAUCCUCCUGUUCCAUUUCAAGCUGUGCCCUUUGGAGUUGUGCUUUUAAACCUUUGAACACUGCUCAUAUGAGGUAUAAAAGGGUUAUACCAAACUACGUAUAUCUGUUGCCAUGACCUAAUGACAAAUGUAAUAUACAAUAAUACACAUGUCUGGAAAGUAGGAAGAUCUAUAUAAGUAAGGGAAAUUUAUGAAUUUUAUACUGAAAGCUUUUAUUAUAAAAUGAGCCAUUAUGUCCUCUGCCUUAUUUGGAAGCCAUUCACCUUUUAUUACUGUAACUUUUGCAAUGCCUCAUUUUCCCUCCAGCUAUCUUCUAGUCCAGUUAACUCAGCAAGCACAAGUUUAUGAUGGAUCAUUUAAGGAGCUGGAAAAUUUUAAUGGUUAGCCAUGGCAGUCAUGAUGUGUAAGACUCUAACUGCUUUAAGUAAAAGGACAAAGUUCAAAAUAUAACUCCAUCUUUAUAAGUGCUUUAAUUAAAACCAGUCUUAUGAAAAACAAACCAAAAAAACCUCGCAUUGAUGGAUGGUAGCUAUCUGCAAUUUCUUGUUUUGGCUGGAUGCAUUGAAGGAUUUAAAAUUUAAUAUUUAAGGUGUGCCUUAAACUGCAAGGCUCCCUGACUUUAUUCUCAUCUAGGAAUUUUUGCUGCUUCAGAUAGCUGACAACAUGCAGAUCCAUACUCUAUCUCUUAAGAUUUUCUUUUGGAACUGAUUCCAGGUGAAAUUUUCUUAGGGAAGAUGUGGCUAGAAGCUAGGUAUGCAAAGCAUGUCUGUAGCAAGGAAAGCCAGACGAGUGAGGGUCAAAAAGCUAGUUAUAAAAUUUAAGGGAGACACUAGGUUUAAAUAAACAUAUUCUCCAACCUUAGUGAUGAAUUUUUUUCCUUUUUUGAUCACCUGGCUAUGUACUUAGAGAAGACUCAAUUCCCUGAAAAUGGAUUACUUUGAAUAUUCUCUGCAAUAAUUUAAUGUGGUACUCUCCAUUUCUCUACCAACUGCCUGUUGCUAAGCCACCAACACUUAACUGUCCUUAGGAAGAACUAAUAUACAAUAAUCGACUUUGUGGAAGGCACAUCUAUGUACAUAAACUUUAACUGGGAAGUUGUCUUUAAAUAAAAAUGACACAAUACGCUCCAAAGCUGUGUGUGAUUACAGAAUGAGAAGCUGAAAAACUACUCACAUUUAUCAAGUAAAGCCUCAGAGAAAUAUUACGGUUUCACCACUAGGUGGAAAUAGAGUAAUUUUGAGUACGCUUUUUCAAGGCCAUGAACUACUACUGCAGGAGUACUUCAUAAACUGAAGGGGACCUAAAAAAUCAUUUAGUUUUAAUUCUCAUCUCCUUAAAUUCAUAGGUGAUAAAACUAAGCCUCAGAGAUAUUAAGUAAAAUUGCAUCUGUCUUGAAAAAGGCAGUUUUCUAAGCUACUGGAUGAAGAGUUGCUAGUAAUUCUUGAUUCUUCAGUCAUUGUCAUCCAUAAAAAUGUGUUAUUAUCUUCCAGUGUGAAGGAAAAUAUGAUAUAACACCUGUAUUACCUAUGUGCUGUUACUAAAAAUAAUGAACAGCACAGUUACUAAUGUUCGUAAGGACAGGUUAGGAUAAAACUAUUGUUUCUUGUUUCCUAUGUUGUAAUUAAUCACAAUCAAGUGAUGAUUCUCCUCCUUCUUUCCAACGAAGAAAUACUCAACCAUCUCCAUAAAGUUACAUGAAACUUCAAUGAAAUUUGUUUUCACAACAUUUUUGGUUUUACACCUCAUAAUGGGUGCAAGGUAAGUAGCCUAGAAUAGGCCUUUACUUAGCGGGUGAAGGCAGUACUUACUGCUUUUUCACAGCUUAAAAUCCAUUACCAUUACUCUUGAGAAGGAAAGAAUCUGAGUAGUAGAGCUUAAGGGGCAUUAGGAAUAAUCUACUCCAAUCAUACAUCUGUAUAUACAGCAGAUGAGGUGUCUGAAAACAAGACAUUCAAUGUGUUUCCCUGAGGAACAGAGCAAUCACCAUGCCCUUUUUUGUUCCACAAGAUACAAUAACGGUUAUUAUUUUGGCCAUAUAGCUUUGUUUUUGUCUGCAUGUUUUAACACAAAAGAAUUAUUUCCACUCAUCACAUCAGAGAUUGUGUUUAAGCUUAAGUUUUAGGUAAGGCCUUGGGAUUAAAGGCUAUUUCUUAAGUACCAAAGUAUCUAGUACUCCAGUGCCAUUAUCUUUUUGAUAUUUCUGUAACAUGUUAUAUUAUGAUAAUUUAAAAAUUAGUAUCAGAGUGCUGUGUCCUAUUAUUACUAUAGUCUAUACAGAAAUGGAUAAGACAUGUUGAAAUGGCACAUGAAGAGCUCAAGUUCAAACACACAGGCAGCCCUAGGAGCUGCCUGAAGUGCCUGGUAGCUAGGGCUUCUCAUCACUGAGUAAAUGACGCACUCAGCUUCCCUCAGAACACGAAUAUUUUCUGAGCAGUAGGGCCUCGGGUGUGUGACAUGCAGACCCUUAUUGGGAAAACAACUGAAUAUUAAAUGGUACCACAAGGAAGGCUGGUGUGACCCUAAACUGAGGGCAGGGACUUGAAAGAGAUGCAGUUCAGGGGAGUACACGUCCUGCAGCAUGUUGAGAGAUAGCAAACCAAUCUCAGAUUUCAAUUUUGUCAAGGAUGAUACAAGAACUAGUAGUGUCUCGGUGACUGUGGUCUACUCAGAGCUCCAUCACAGCUACCCUGAGCCCAAGGCAGUCAGGUGUGGUCUGAUUUCAUAAGGUCUUCAGUGAGUCGGACCUGGAUAGGGAUUCUGGUUCUACUACUGUGCGAACUUUCUUUGCCCUAUUUUCUCUUUUGAAAAAUUGGGAUAACACCCCUAGCAAAAAUAUAGUGGAGACCAAUGUCUAUAAAGUGCCCAGGAAGCACAUCUAGCACUUAGUAGCUACUCAAUAAAUGCACAUUACCGCUGUCGAAACGGCCAGCUUGUGUGGCAACUUCCUCACCUCAGUCCAUCUGACCUCCAACAGGCACCUGGGAGCACCAAGUAAUAAAUUGUGAAAAGUACACUUUGAAACGUAUCAUGUUCUACGCACAUGUGUAGGGUAUUAUUAUAGUUCAAGAGAAAGAGGGAACCCGCUGGUGUCUGAGAAGAAACGGUGAAGGGUGCACCACGAAGGGAAUAUAAACUAAUCAAACAUUCUUGAAUGGCAAUGACAAUCACUAAAGUUGACACUUCCUGCAGUCUUUUAGUUUAGAAACCACACUUCCCGAGACGUCCCCCAUCCCAACAGGGAUAAAAUCCUCUAGCUCAACUCAGGUAUGUCCCCACUAUUGGGCCAGGGAGACCUGCGGAUGGCGAGAGCAGGUUCUCUCAGGAGGGUGUGGAUUGUGAGCUUGUCCGCUGGCGAGGAGCAGAAGGUCAGGGAGGCACCGUAGUUAAUGAAUCAAUAAACCAAUCAGCCGAUCAAUCACUUCCUGCAGUCCAAGUCCGGCGAGGGCUAAUCGAUUGGUCCGGGUAUUUUGAAAGGAAAAACGGCGGUGGAUAUGUUGUCAAACGGAGGGGUGCAGGAGAGGCGGGGCCGGGCCUCCAGGUGACCCCUCUGGCUUCCUGGGCCUGCAGAAGCGCCGAAACGUGCAGGCACCGGCGUCCAGGAGGCGUGGGGCGCGCCAGGCGAGUCCCUGCUUGCAGGAGGAGCCCGAGAGGCCGUCGCGUACCCUGGCAAGCGGAGCUGGUUAGCACCUCCCGACCCCGAGAAGGCCCGGGGGGCGCCCGGCGGGCGGGGCGGGGGCCGGGCGAGGCCCGCCUCCCAUUGGCCGCAUUGCGCCGCCCUGCGCGGGCCGCCGUUAUAAAGCAGCCGCCGGCGCCGGGCGCCUCACAGCACGCUGCCACGCCGAUACAGAUCCCUGUCUGCACGCCAGCCCGCCCGCACCCACCAUGGCCACAGUUCAGCAGCUGGAAGGAAGAUGGCGCCUGGUGGACAGCAAAGGCUUUGAUGAAUACAUGAAGGAGCUAGGAGUGGGGAUAGCUUUGCGAAAAAUGGGUGCAAUGGCCAAGCCAGAUUGUAUCAUCACUUGUGAUGGCAAAAACCUCACCAUAAAAACUGAGAGCACUUUGAAAACAACACAGUUUUCUUGUACCCUGGGAGAGAAGUUUGAAGAAACCACAGCUGAUGGCAGAAAAACUCAGACUGUCUGCAACUUUACAGAUGGUGCAUUGGUUCAGCAUCAGGAGUGGGAUGGGAAGGAAAGCACAAUAACAAGAAAAUUGAAAGAUGGGAAAUUAGUGGUGGAGUGUGUCAUGAACAAUGUCGCCUGUACUCGGGUCUAUGAAAAAGUAGAAUAAAAAUUCCAUCAUCACUUUGGACAGGAGUUAACUAAGAGAAUGACCAAGCUCAGUUCAAUGAGCAAAUCUCCAUACUGUUUCUUUCUUUUUUUUUUUUCAUUACUGUGUUCAAUUAUCUUUAUCACAAACAUUUUACAUGCAGCUAUUUCAAAGUGUGUUGGAUUAAUUAGGAUCAUCCCUUUGGUUGAUAAAUAAAUGUGUUUGUGCUAAUA